UCGCGUUCUGCUACAUGCUGCCGUAGGUGUGCAGCUCCUUGACUCAUGUGUGUUGUGCUGUAAACGGGCGGCGGUAUGAGCGGUGCUUCGCAUACGUUACGGCAAUGCUAGGAAUUGGUGCCGUAGAUCUUAUUCGUUGAGAAUUGCCGAGACAUUUCGUGCGCUGCAUGUGCGGAGAGGUCUUCAGCGUGAAGACCCAACUUCGGCAUGUCAUUACCAGGAUCAUGUGAGUCGAGAGAAAGCUCAAACGAAGAAAAAGCACCCAGCGCACACAUCACUCAUGGGGACCAAUCAUUGCGGACGUACAGUUCUAUUGAAGGCCUUGGAAAUGGCACCACAUCGAACCAUAAGGUGUUUGAGCCCUCUGACCAGGCAUACUUUCAGCAAAAGAUUGAAGUUCCAUACACUGGAGAGACCUCCUUCAGCUGGCGCAAGCUGUGGGCCUUCACAGGUCCAGGUUUCCUGAUGAGCAUUGCAUACCUGGACCCGGGCAACAUUGAGUCAGACCUGCAGUCUGGUGCUCUGGCUGAGUACAAGCUCAUGUGGGUGUUGCUGUCAGCCACUCUGCUGGGACUGAUGAUGCAGCGUCUGAGUGCUCGGCUGGGCGUCGUGACAGGCUUGCAUUUGGCUGAAAUGUGCCGGCGUGGCUACCCCCGUUUUCCCCGUAUCCUUCUGUGGAUCAUGAUCGAAGUGGCCGUCGUUGGCUCAGACAUGCAAGAGGUCAUCGGCACUGCCAUCGCCAUUUUCCUCCUUUCGGGGGGACGGGUUCCACUGUAUGCGGGCGUGCUGAUCACAAUAAUAGACACGUUUACGUUCCUGCUGCUGGACAAGUACGGUCUACGCAAACUUGAAGCUUUCUUCGGCUUCCUCAUUCUCGUCAUGGCAUUCACUUUUGGAUACGAGUAUGUGCGGGUGGCCCCUGACCAAGUGCGAGUGGUGGAAGGCCUAUUUAUCCCCUGGUGCUCACAUUGCGACAGUCGGGCCCUAUUGCAGGCAGUAGGCAUUGUGGGUGCAGUCAUCAUGCCGCACAAUCUCUACCUCCACUCUGCACUUGUUAAGUCACGGGCUGUAGAUCGUACCGACAAGGUCCAAGUGCGGGAGGCCAACAAGUACUUCUUUAUUGAGGCCUGCAUAGCACUCCUUGUUUCCUUCAUCAUCAACGUCUUCGUCAUGGGUGUCUUUGCUCACGGACUCUUUGGCCGCACCAACCUUGACAUUAGGAAUCAGUGUAUGGGAACUGAGUUCCAGGAUGUCUUUGCUAACAACACAGAAUCUGUGGAUGUGGACAUAUACAAGGGUGGCGUCUACCUGGGCUGUGCAUUUGGCAUGUUUCCACUGUACGUCUGGGCUAUAGGCAUUCUGGCUGCGGGACAGAGCUCCACAAUGACUGGAACGUACUCAGGCCAAUUCAUCAUGGAGGGAUUCCUAAACCUGCCCAUCAGCCGGUGGAUGCGGGUGCUCAUCACGCGGCUAAUUGCCAUUGCGCCGACCAUCUUGUGUGCAGUCUUUGGCAACAUAGAGCAGCUGUCUGGGAUGAAUGACCUGCUCAACGCACUCAUGAGCCUGCAGCUUCCCUUUGCUCUCAUCCCCACCCUGACCUUCACGACGUCGGCGGCGUUCAUGGGCGAAUUCAGGAAUGGAACGUUGACCAAAAUAGGUGCUAGCCUGCUGUCGAUGCUUGUGAUUGGCAUCAACUUGUACUUUGUGAGCAACUUUGUGCGCGAGAGCCUUCCUUCUCACUGGGCCAUCUACCUUGGAGUGGCGCUCUUCGGGAUCCUGUACUUGGGCUUCAAUCUUUACCUGUUGGCCCACCUUUUGGUUGUGUUUGGCUGCACGUCACUGCUACAACUUCCUUUGAUUGGCCCGCAUCUCAAAGAGCGCAGUGACCGGGUGCUAUUUAAUGACUCAUCUCAGACGGACAUAUCGUCAUCUCCUGGUGAACUCGUACCAGUUAGUACCCACUUGUGAGUGAUCACAUCCUCUAUCGACGUGUCCAUGAACGGACAAAUUAGGUUGUUGAACUUGCAAUCGAAGAGUGUCGGCGUUUCAGCGAAAGUGACGUUGUACAGAGUGAUUUAGUGCUGUCCUUCUACGUGAGCUGGCACUUGAAUCUAUUCGCACAAUUUUAUCGACGUAACUCGAAUAAUGCACGAGAGAAUAUUUAUUAAUGGCAGUGUUCCUGCGGAAUUACAGAAACACUGUGGACAGUUAAUAAACAGAUGUGCUCUUAUAAUAUUGCUACGGCAUGAGCUGGGCAAGGAGAAGAGGAAGGUUAUUUUGUCAGAAAAUUUUACAAUAAUAUAUGGUACUUACUAUUUUAGUACAGUGAAUGCUGUUGAGAUGUUUGAUGAAACACGAAAUUCUCUAGACGUAGUUAUUUUCAAUAAAUUUAUGUUGAUGUUUUUAAA